AUGGGCGAGAUGGCAAACAGCGCGGUGGAGUUUUACCCUAAAGGUCGCGGGGGCAGCGUGAGGGGGGGAGGGGCCGAUGGGGGGCACGCGGGGGCAGACUUCGGGGUGACGGUGAAGGAGCUAAGGGAGCUGAUGGAGCUGAGAGGAGCCGACGCGCUGCAGAAGAUCCAGGACAGCUACGGAGACACGGAGGGAUUAUGCCACAGGCUCAACUCCAGCACCACAGACGGCCUGAGUGGGGAGCCUGGAGACCUGGAGCGCAGGGGACAAACUUUUGGGCAGAACUUUAUUCCUCCGAAAAAACCCAAAACGUUUCUGGAGCUUGUGUGGGAGGCUCUACAGGACGUGACCCUCAUCAUCCUCGAGAUCGCAGCCAUCAUCUCCCUCGGCCUGUCCUUCUACCAGCCGCCCGGCAAAGACACAGAGGCGUGCGGUAAUGUGUCGGCGGGGGCGGAGGACGAAGGCGAGGCAGAGGCAGGCUGGAUCGAGGGGGCAGCCAUCUUGUUGUCAGUGGUGUGCGUCGUCCUGGUAACGGCGUUUAACGACUGGAGUAAAGAGAAGCAGUUCCGAGGUCUCCAGUCCCGGAUCGAGCAGGAGCAGAGGUUUGCCGUGGUCAGGAAAGGGAACGUCAUCCAGAUCCCAGUGGCCGACAUGGUGGUGGGAGACAUGGCACAGGUCAAAUACGGGGACCUGCUUCCAGCCGAUGGGAUCCUGGUUCAGGGGAAUGACCUGAAGAUUGACGAGAGCUCUCUGACCGGAGAGUCUGACCACGUGCGCAAGUCUGUGGACAAAGACCCCAUGUUACUUUCAGGCACUCAUGUGAUGGAGGGCUCUGGGAGGAUGCUGGUCACCGCGGUCGGAGUGAACUCUCAAACUGGGAUCAUCUUCACUCUGCUCGGAGCCGGAGACAUGGAGGAGGACAGCAAAGACAAGAAAGAGAAAAAUGAGAGAGAAAAGAAACCUGACGGAGCCGUGGAGAACAACCAGAACAAAGCCAAGAAGCAGGAUGGAGGAGUGGCCAUGGAGAUGCAGCCUCUGAAGAGCGCAGAGGGAGGAGAGGUGGAAGAGAGGGAGAAGAAGAAAACAAGUGUACCCAAAAAAGAGAAGAGCGUCCUGCAGGGAAAACUCACCAAACUCGCUGUGCAGAUUGGCAAAGCGGGUUUGGUGAUGUCUGCGAUCACCGUCAUCAUCCUCGUGCUGUACUUCGUCAUUGACACUUUUGUAAUCGAAGGCCGUACGUGGCUAACAGAGUGCACUCCAGUUUAUAUCCAGUACUUUGUAAAGUUCUUCAUCAUCGGAGUCACAGUUUUGGUGGUGGCUGUUCCAGAAGGACUUCCACUUGCUGUCACCAUCUCCCUCGCCUAUUCUGUCAAGAAAAUGAUGAAGGACAAUAACCUGGUGCGACACCUGGACGCCUGUGAGACGAUGGGCAACGCCACUGCCAUCUGCUCCGAUAAGACGGGGACUCUGACCACCAACCGCAUGACUGUGGUACAGGCCUACGUCGGGGAUGUGCACUACAGACUGAUCCCAGACCCAGGGCAGAUCGGCCCCAAAACUCUGGAUCUUCUGGUCCAUGCCAUCGCCAUCAACAGCGCCUACACCUCCAAGAUCCUGCCACCUGAUGUGGAGGGAGGUCUGGCCAAACAAGUGGGAAACAAGACUGAGUGUGGUCUGCUGGGGUUUGUCCUGGACCUGAGACAAGACUAUGCCCCCGUGAGAGAGCAGGUCCCAGAGGAGAAACUCUACAAGGUCUACACGUUUAACUCUGUGCGUAAGUCCAUGAGCACCGUGAUCAAACUGUCAGACGGCACGUUUCGUCUCUACAGUAAAGGAGCCUCUGAGAUCAUGCUCAAAAAAUGUUCGUAUAUCCUGGACGCCAACGGAGAGCCACGUAGUUUCCGCCCCCGAGACAGAGACGAGAUGGUUAAACAGGUCAUUGAGCCAAUGGCUUGUGAGGGCCUGAGAACCAUCUGCAUUGCCUACAGAGACCUGUCCCCAAACCCAGAGCCCGACUGGGACAAUGAGGCCGAGAUCGUAACCGAGCUCACCUGCAUCACUGUGGUCGGGAUAGAAGACCCUGUCAGACCUGAGGUCCCAGAGGCCAUCAGGAAGUGCCAGCGAGCGGGAAUCACGGUGAGGAUGGUCACAGGAGACAACAUCAACACGGCCAGAGCCAUCGCAGCAAAGUGUGGCAUCAUCCACCCAGGAGACGACUUCAUCUGUCUGGAGGGGAAAGACUUCAACCGACGCAUCCGCAACGAGAAGGGAGAGAUCGAACAAGAGAGAAUCGACAAAAUCUGGCCCAAACUCCGAGUGCUGGCACGAUCCUCCCCCACAGACAAGCACACACUGGUCAAAGGCAUCAUCGACAGUAGCAUCUUGGAGCAGAGGCAGGUGGUAGCAGUGACCGGAGACGGAACCAACGACGGUCCCGCGCUAAAGAAGGCCGAUGUGGGAUUCGCCAUGGGCAUAGCGGGCACAGAUGUGGCGAAGGAGGCGUCUGACAUCAUCCUGACAGACGAUAAUUUCUCGAGCAUCGUUAAAGCCGUGAUGUGGGGCCGAAACGUCUACGACUCCAUCUCCAAGUUCCUCCAGUUUCAGCUCACGGUCAACGUUGUGGCCGUGAUCGUAGCCUUCACAGGGGCGUGCAUCACACAGGACUCCCCGCUGAAGGCCGUGCAGAUGCUCUGGGUGAACCUCAUCAUGGACACCUUCGCGUCUCUCGCCUUGGCGACCGAGCCCCCGACAGAGGCACUGUUGCUACGGAAACCCUACGGCCGGAACAACCCUUUGAUCUCACUGACCAUGAUGAAGAACAUCCUGGGUCACGGGGUCUACCAGCUUGUCAUCAUCUUCACCCUUCUCUUCAUCGGCGAGCGCAUAUUUAACAUCGACAGCGGGAGGAACGCCCCCCUGCACUCCCCCCCCUCGGAGCACUACACCAUCAUCUUCAACACCUUCGUCCUCAUGCAGCUCUUCAACGAGAUCAACGCUCGUAAGAUCCAUGGAGAGAGGAAUGUUUUCGAUGGAAUCUUUGGAAACCCCAUCUUCUGCUCCAUCGUCCUCGGCACCUUUGCUGUGCAGAUCGUGAUCGUCCAGUUUGGAGGGAAGCCGUUCAGCUGUGCCCCUCUGAACGUGGAGCAGUGGCUCUGGUGUCUGUUUGUGGGAGUGGGAGAGCUGCUCUGGGGACAGUUGAUAGCCACAGUGCCCACAGAGCGGCUUCCCUGUCUGAAGGAGGCGGGGCUGGGUCUGGAGCCUGGAGAGGAGGAGGGAGAGGAGCUGGCAGAGGAUGAAGAGGAGAUCGACUGUGCAGAGAGGGAGCUGAGGAGGGGCCAGAUACUGUGGUUCAGAGGCCUCAACCGCAUACAGACACAGAUGGAGGUAGUGAGCACGUUCAAACGCAGCGGUUCGUUUCAGGGCGCAGUGCGGAGGCGCUCGUCUGUGCUCAGUCAACUUCACGACGUAAACACUCUCUCUACCCCCUCUCACGUGUCUCUGUCCGCCACAGCCAAUUCAACUUCUGUGGGUUUUCAAUUUUAA